AUGAACGCUCGAGGGCGCCAACACGCAGAACACGACGACGAAGGUUCCACGGACCUUGAUCUUCGACUUGAUUGGAUUGGCGACACGCCCACCACCCCGGAAACAAGCCGGCAAGGCGUCGCGGCCACUCGGCUUCAACUGGAACGGGGCGCCUGGUUCGUAGGCUCCGUCCUCCUCCGUCGUCCUCCACCCAGAAGGCGUCCGGCGCUGAAAAACGCCGGCAGGGCCAUCAUCAAGAGCCCCGGCGUCCCGCGCCACAGGCACCGAACGAGCGUCGUCGUUUGAUUUUCCUCCCCGAAACAGAACCGGACGCACACCAAAGAGACUCUGCCGGAGGGGAUGACGUUCCGCCUCAAGUACUUGGGAAUGACGCUGGUGGGCCAGCCCAAAGGCGAGGACACGGCCGCAGGGUCGUCGCCACGGUGAGGGGCGGGAACCGCCCGAAGCGCGGUCCCAAUGUGGCCAAAAACUUGGAGACGGGCGGCGCUGUGACACUGGCGUCUU